GAGGCUGAUACUGAUAGCCGGCUACUCGGCCCGUCGCCCUCUGUGAUGUGCUCGCCUCAGGAGAGGCUGUGCUCCCGCCUGCGUCACCGCCGGCCGCCAUUUUGUGAUCGGGCGGGCACGGCGCGGAGAGACAAAAUGGCGGCCGGCGGGCCGGGAGGCCCAGGCCUCGGGGCCCGGACUCUCUUUAACCAAGCUUUGGUCGUGACUAGUGGACAAUGGUAUCACAACUCUCCACAGUCAAAGACCCAGAUAUAUGGAUCCUGGAUGAUAGAAGUUUCAGCCUUUGGGAUGUCCUCUGACCAGUACACAUGAAGUAAUCAUGACUGCAUAUCUAAGCAAUGUACUGAAGUGAGAAAAGAGCAGAUCUGGAAUACGUUAUCUCAAGGAUCUCCUUCUGAACUUAAUGCAUUUUCAACAAAGACAAACAUGUAAAACUACCAUGCAAUGGACAUUGUAGUGGGCAUUUAUACUUGCUGAAAUAGUUAAUCUCUCUUUCUGGUUGAGUGCCACUGAAAAUUGUGCUUGCAGAGACUUGAAACAAGAGACAGUAACUGUCAAAAUAAGUACAAGAUGCUGGGAUUACUCAGAAGAUCUGUCAGCAUGUGAAAAAGAGAAGGGAAUUCAUGAUUCAAGUGGAGACACUUUGCCAGAUCUUGUAGUUGGAAGAGUCAUUGCGGGAAAACUGCCUGUUGGUAAAACACUUUUUGCUGAAAUCUGGAUGACAUUGGCAGCAUUUGUAUGACCAUGGCAGAAGAGGGCAAGGACAAACAACAAAGUCAGAAAAAAGUCAGCCAAACCUAUCAGAGCUCAGCACAUUCCCAGUCUCUGCUGGAUGGACUAGUUGCACUUCGGAACAGCGCAAGCUUAUUUGAUGUCACCCUAAUCGUAGAGGGGAAGUCGAUUGAAGCUCACCGCAUACUUCUGGCAGCAUCAUGUGACUAUUUUAGGGGAAUGUUUGCUGGUGGGCUGCGGGAGAUGCAGGAGAAGGAGAUAUUUUUACAUGACAUAACCUAUAUGGCUAUGUGCAAAAUCUUGGACUUCAUCUACACUUCUGAGAUGGAACUGAACCUGAAUAAUGUACAGGACGUGCUGGUGGCUGCUUGUCAGCUGCAGGGUACUAAAGGAGGGGCCUUGGAAACAGUGGAUGAGUUGGUUGUCGUCCUCAAAUUCUGCAAAUUCGUUUAUGCUCAUGCAGGAGCAGUGCAUGCAGGGAAGAUAUACGUAGCCUGUGGAAGAAGUGGCAGAAGUUACUUGAAGGAGCUGAACUGCUACGAUCCAGAGGCAAACCAGUGGGAAAUGAAGGCCAGUGCCCCUGUGGAACGGGCUUGGCAUGGAAUGGCUGCAGUUCGAGGCCAGCUUUACCUACUCGGUGGCAGCAACAAUGCCAAUGGAUACAGGCAGGACGUCGUGCAGGUUUCCUGUUACAGCCCUGAGCGAGACCAGUGGUCAACGGUUUCCGAAAUGCCCUUUGGUCAUGGAGAGCCAGGCAUUGCUGUCUUGGAUGACAGAAUCUACAUCCUGGGCGGGAGGUCACACGACCGUUACACACGCACUGACUACGUCCAUAUAUACAACGUGGCGGAACACUGCUGGGAGCAAGCUCCGGAUAUUGAGUGCGCCAAUUCUGGCAUGUCCUGCUGUGUCCUGACCCUCCCGAGACAACUGGUGGAGGACUGGGGGAGUCCGACUCCCCGGAAACAUUCAGAGCGUGCCUGCCGCCGUGCCUACAUGCUUCCCGAAGUGGUCGGCUUGUCUGACUUUGAGGAAUUCAGUUCCAGUGAAGACUGAACGUUUGGUUAAACAGGCCGUACUGUUCAACUUUUCUGUUCUUAAUGUGGCGCAACCUAUGGAUUACUACUUUGUCCCUUUUGUUUCUUUUCUCUGUGUUCUCAGCCUUGCUACUGAAGGUUCUGCUUUGUGCAGGGGCAUUGCGGAGGGGCUAGGGGAUUGUGAAGGUAUCACAGGAACGGGCAGUUUCUCCUCACCUUCCCUCAUGUUACCUUAUCCAAGUGGCUGCUCUUGAGCAGACAAGUGUAUGUUGACAAGUGUAGGAUCUUGGAGAGGCCAUUGCCUCUAAACCUGACCAUGUCAUGAGGCUACAACAGAAUCCUUGACACCACCACUACCCCUUCUAAUCUGUGUUAAAUGUAAAAAUCCAAACCAAGAAUUGCUAUCUCAGUAUAGGAAAUGUAUCAUAUCUGGCACUCUAUGAUUUACAUGAGUUUAUACCAAAUCUUACAUCAUUGGGGAAUUUUAUUUAAUCAGUUUUCUUCCUUCAGUAUUAGGAAGUCCAGCUAUAAGCUAGACAAUAAAUCCAGCAAUAUCUGUCUGUCAUACACAAACUUUUCAUUCACAUUUAAUAAUACUGCUUUGAUUGGUUCAGCCUUGUGAACAGAACAUUAGAAUCUUCUCAAAUAAAAGCAAAUUACUGCAGAUGCUGGAAAUCUGAAGUAAAAAGAGAAAAUACUGGAGAAACACAACAGGUCUGGCAGCAUCUGUGGAGAGUAAAACAGAGUUAAUGCUUUGAGUCCAAUAUUACUCUUGUUCCUGUUGUGAUGAAGUGAUAUUGAACUUAACAUUAACUCUGUUUCAUUCUCCACAGAUGUUACCACACCUAUUGAGCUUCUGCAGCGUUUUCACUUUUAGUUAGAGUCAUCUCCCUGCACUCUCACUUUAAUUAUAUUCAUUCCUUUUUUCUCUUCCUUCCCAGGACUCCAGAGUUACAGAUCCCCACACCUCCCUUAGCUUUCUCAUUCCCCUACGCAGCACACUCCAAAAAAGAUCCAAGCUUUCAGUCUUCCCCGGUUCAGAAGCUGGGUGGGUUCAGCUCCCACCCUGAAGACAUUAGCACAUGGUGCUUUAUUCUGAAUAGAGGGAGUACUGCAUUGACAGCAGUGUGUCAUUCAUUGAGCUUAAACCAAGGUUCUGUCUGUUGUCAGGAGAGCUACUAAUCUGUCCCUGUAAAAAUGGAAUAAAAAGAUCUUCUGGCCCUGUUUUGAAGAACCAAGAUGUCCCUGGUAUCCAGGUCAAUAUUUGCUCCUUCAACAAAUAUUUGAUGUCCUGACAGUUAUCACAUUGCUGCUUUGGCUGCUAGAUUUCUGACAUUACAACAAUAGAAUAGAAUCUCUACUCUACAGUGUGGAAACUGUUUGCACUCCAUUGGCUGUGAAGUGUUUCAGAGCAUUCUGAGGUGCAAGUUUUUAUUGAAUUGAUUGUAUUUUUUCCAUACCAUUUCACUGUUUCCUUCACACAAGGUCUUCUGUGCCACCACUUUGCCAUUUUUCACGGCAAACUGUCAGUGAUGAUAUUGCUGACUUGUACUCGUCAGUGUUGACAAGGUCCAGUUCCCCUGCCCUGCUCCAAAAAAUAAAACCGCAUUCUAACUCACCCUAGGUUGACAAAUGGAGUAUCUAGAGUAACUCCCAUCCUCAUAAUACAGUAACUACUCCUUUAGCUCAACAUUCACUUUUCUUGCUCCUGCGAAGUGCCUUGGGAUCUAUGUCCACAUUCAAGGUGCUAUAUAUAUGUAAGUAGCUAAGGUAAACUGGGUCUGAAGUGAUUAUUAUACUAGAAGUCAAUUUAUUGACUUGUUUGAGGGGUUUAAAGCACAUAGUUCAUGCAUGGUUUUCUUCUCAAAUUUGUAUUCUCCAUGAGCGAUCCCACUAGAGAUUGCUUUACCCCAUUUCCAUGCAGACAUGUCAACUCUUUCAUGCUUUUUAUGGGUGGCACAAAUUUGCGGAUCAUCUUCCUAAAACCAAGCUAAACCUGUGAGUUGACUGUUGUGUCAUUUGCCACCUCUAAAGAUUGAUGGAUUUUACAUCAAGAUAUAUCUGACCGGAUAAACAUGACGGCAUUUUUGGUAAAAGUCUAAUCUAGAGAUUCGAGUAAAGAACGGUUUAAGUGAGAAAAGAUUGUAAGGAUCUGGGAAGAGUUGGGAGAUCUGUAUGUGUUUGGAUAAUGCAUGUUAUUCGCUUCGAAAGACCUUCUUAAAUGUGUGAAGUUCUGAUUUUAUCAAAGGCUAAUCAGCUGGUGAUGCCAUGAAUAUGAGGGGGGAAAGGUUUUAUAGAAUUCUUUGAAUCAUGAAGCUAUUGGAGCCUUGAUAUAGGGUGAAAUUUAUUUUCCAUUUUACAGUGCUUUGAAAUUACACACAUUGGAAACAGUGCUCAUUUUGUUUUUAACCUAUAACCUACUCUGCUGUAAUACAUGCAACAAUAAACAUAACUUAUAUUUAAA